ACCAAAACACUAAACAAUGAUAGUCUGCUACAACUCUCUAAAAUAUAUAUGCAACAAGCAAUGGGGUUAUAUUUACAUUUGUCUCACUUUUUCAUUUUUCAAUUUCUCACAGUUGGUGGAAUUCUCCGAGAAAAUAAAAUAGAGAUGGGAUAAAAUGUAAUGCAGAGAUAUAUGAACUGUUAUUCUUGCAUAGUAAGCUAUAACGGUCGUCGAGGUUUAUACAAGUGUAGAGUAUGUUCUUCGGUAUCCGGCGAUUUCUUGGGUCUCUGGAUUUAGCUGCUAAUGAUAACCCGGCGGCUGAAGCUCGAAAUCUUUCACAAAAUACUCGUACAACAAUCGAAGCAUUUGAAGAACUCAUGCUCAUUUUCUCGUGGAUACCACGUGCUCGAUGAAACACCUAAGCCACCAUUUGUCUCUGUUCACCGUUUCAUGCUCAAUCUUCUAUACCAAAAUCGCCAGGGUGAAGCACUUGAUGUUUUCAAGAAACAUCUAGAAGUUGGUCUUUCCGGAGUCGAUGAAGUGGCGAUUGCAAUUGCUUCUAAGGCUUGUCUUGGGCGUCCAAGACUUGGGUCUCAAAUUCAUGGUUUCGCGAUAGUUUCGGGUUUUAUGUCUUAUGUUUCUGUGUGUAAUUCUUUGAUGAACAUGUACUGUAAAUCGCGGGAGUUGAGUAGUGCUUUAUGCAUUUUUGAGAAUAUCAAGACCCCUGAUACUGUUUCUUACAAUACAGUCCUUACUGGGUUUGAAGACAGUAAAUGCGCACUCCUUUUUGCUCGUGAAAUGCAUUCAGUCGGGGUCGUUUUUGAUGCAGUAACAUAUACAAGUGUGCUUGCGCAUUGUGCGGACGGGCAGGAGUUUGAUUUUGGUUUUCAAAUGCACUGCCUUGUUUUGAAGUUUGGUUUGAAGAUGGAGAUUUUUAUCGGAAAUGCACUUGUGACCUUGUAUUCGAAAUGUGGAAAGAUCGCACAUGCUGACAAAGUAUUCAGAGAGAUGCCCCACAAAGAUUUGGUUUCUUGGAAUGCAAUUCUCUCAGGCUAUGCCCAGGAGGGUAGUUAUGGAUUGGUAGUCAUUUUGGGAUUUAUUGAGAUGGUAAAAGGAGGCAUGAAUCUUGAUCACGUCUCAAUGACUAGCGUAAUUUCAGCUUGUGGUCAGGAGAGGAACUUGGAUUUUGGGAAGCAGGUGCAUGCUCUGUCAAUGAAAAGUGGCUAUGGCACUCAUGUUUCAGUUUGUAAUGUUUUGAUGUCAAUGUAUUCAAAGUGUGAGAUUGUUGAAGAUGCAGAAUUGGUCUUUGAGAAUAUUAUUGAUCAUAAUGUAGUGUCUUGGACGACGAUGCUGUCCAUAAAUGAAGAGGAUGCUGUGAAUUUAUUCAAGGAGAUGAUGAGACAUGAAAUAUACCCAAAUGAUGUUACGUUCGUUGGACUGAUUCAUGCAAUAACAAAACAUAGUAUGAUGCAAGAAGGCCUAAUGGUCCAUGGGUUUUGUAUAAAAUCGAACUUUCUUUCUGAAAUUAAUGUGGCAAAUAGUUUCAUUACCAUGUAUGGUAAGUUUAAGCUAGUGAAAGACUGCUUUAAUGUUUUUGAGGAGCUUGACCACAGAGAGAUUAUAUCAUGGAAUGCUCUGAUAUCUGCAUAUUCUCUAAAUGGGAUGUACCAAGAAGCUUUGCAGGUUUUCUUGACUGCUUCAAAAGAAUUACAACCAAACCCUUAUACAUUUGGUAGUGUUUUGCAUGCAAUUGCCUCAUCUGAAUCAAUUUCUCUGAGGCAAGGGCAACGAUGUCAUGGUUAUAUAAGAAAACUUGGAUUGAAUACCGAUCCAGUUGUGUCAGGUGCACUUCUUGAUAUGUACGCAAAGCGUGGGAGCAUAUGUGAAUCUCAGAAGAUUUUCAAUGAGUUGACUCAGAAAAGCCAAGUUGCUUGGACAGCUAUAAUAUCUGCCCACUCGAGGCAUGGGGACUAUGAAUCGGUCAUGAAGUAUUUCAAGGAGAUGGUGAUGGAAGACGUGAAGCCUGACUCAAUCACUUUCCUCUCUCUGUUGACAUCAUGUGGUCGCAACGGAAUGGUUGAUAAAGGAUUCGAAAUUUUCAAUUCAAUGGUUAAUGACCAUUCUGUUGAACCAUCUGCGGAGCAUUAUUCUUGUAUUGUUGAUAUGUUGGGUAGGGCUGGGAGGCUGAAGGAGGCUGAAGAACUUCUGUAUCAGAUUCCUGGAGGACCUGGGAUAUCUGUGCUACAAAGCCUGCUUGGAGCUUGUAGAGUUUAUGGAAACGUAGAGAUAGCAAUUAGGGUAUCUGAUGCUUUGAUUGCUAUGGAACCUAAUGAAUCAGGUUCUUACGUUUUGAUGUCUAACUUGUUUGCUGAGACGGGAAAGUGGGAAAAGGUUGCAAAAAUGAGGACUAUGAUGAAAGACAGGAAAGUGACAAAAGAAGUGGGAUUUAGCUGGGCAGAUGUUGAUAACUCCGUAUAUUUGCAUGGAUUUUCGUCAGGGGACAAGUCUCAUCCCCUGUCUAAGGAAAUCUAUCUGAUGGCUGAAUUGCUGGGAUCAGAAAUGAAAAGAAGAAGGGCAGACUCUGUUAACAUUUGAUCAUAAGAGACGGGAGGCUCCAGCAUAAACAGAUCAAUCAUACUGGGAAGGCUAAAAGAACGGAAACCAAUAUUCUUUCGAUCCUGUACCCAUCUUUCUGUGGGUUGGGUGUGCGGUUGUGACGUCGGGCAAAAGAGUGGUGUAUGAGGUUCACUUGCUUAUGGGAGACUGGAUGAUCUAUUAUUGGAAUUAUUAGACACUUGAGCGCAAUCAAUUAUAUUUCAUAAUGAGCUACAAGUUUUGGUAUUUGACAUUUAGAAUCAAGUUAAGAUGGAAAACUUGUAGAGGGAAUUGUCUUAUUGGUCCUCUGAGCAAUGCAGUAAUUCAUGGGGAAGGAUAGUGCUAAUGAAGCAGGAGCAUAUCUAAUUCGUAAUGAGGUUUCUUAACUCAUUUCCUUUUCCAUAGUCUAGCGGUGAAUAUUUAAUCACUGGUUUCUUCAAUUGUAUGUCAAGGGUUCUGAACUUCUGAGUUGAUUUUCUGGUGAAAGUGAACAUUCAGUACUAAAAGAUACCCAGUCGUCCAUUUUAUGUUCUCCAUGAGUACUUUUCUUUGAUGAGGCUGGACAGUUGAAUGAAAGAUGAAUGGCCGAGAUCGGAUAGUGCGUCUCCUAUGGAGAUGAGAUGAAGGAUUUGAGCACAUGCAAAAAGCGAUAAUAGAUCUCGUAUCUUGUUGUUUCCUUGACUUGUCACUUCCUUUUCUACCAUGUGGCCAAAUUUAUAUCACUUAGUAAACUAUUGCUCCUACA